AUGGAGGCAAAAUUCACCGUUGCAUUCCUAUACUUGUCGGGACUAUUCCAGGGAUACAACUCUAACCCGUUAGGGGAUGUGAUUAUAGAACGGUACUCGGUUCCCACUUUUUGUUCAAGAGAGGUGCAGACUGGAGACUAUGUGCGGUACAACUAUGUCGGGACUUUUACAGACGGAAAAAAGUUUGAUUCUAGUGUAGAUAAAGGAACUCCAUUUGUGGGUCAGGUGGGGGUAGACAGUAGAGUGAUCCCUGGCUUGGACAAAGGUGUUCAAGGCAUGUGCGUGAACGAACGCAGAAAGAUCACUAUCCCUCCUCACCUCGCUUACGGAGUUCUAGGAGCAGGCACGGUGAUUCCCCCAGACACAACGCUUGUGUUUGAUGUUGUCUUGUUGGACUUGUGGAAUCUGGAGGAUAAGGUUCAGAUACGUACGCUUCAUAAACCAGAAAUAUGCAAGCGGACAGUGGAACCUUCAGACUUCAUCAGAUACCACUUCAAUGGAACCUUGCUAAAUGGAACCUUGUUUGACUCCAGCUAUUCUACGAACAUGACGUAUGACACCUAUGUGGGGCAGGGAUACCUUAUCAAAGGCUUGGACCAGGGGCUCUUGGGUAUGUGCAUUGGAGAGAGGCGGUCCAUCAUCGUACCUCCAUUCUUGGCUUAUGAGGACAAGGGAUAUGACACUAAGAUCCCUCCACACGCCACUCUCAUUUUCCACGUGCUCUUGGUCGACCUGUUCAACGCAAAAGAUGACGUUACCGUGGAGAUCCAGGAGAUUCCGCAGCCUUGCGUCAGGAAAGCCCAGGUGGGCGAUUACGUUCGCUACCACUACAACGGCACUUUCCAGGACGGAACCGCAUUUGACUCCAGUUAUCCGCGGAACAGCACGUAUAACACCUAUAUUGGCAUGGGCUACGUGAUCAGCGGAAUGGACAAAGCCCUUCAGGGUGUGUGUGUCGGAGAGAGACGCCGCGUUACCAUACCACCACACUUGGCCUAUGGAGAGAAUGGAACAGGCGACCUCAUCCCUGGUUCAGCGGUGUUAAUUUUUGACCUCCACAUUGUCGACUUCCAUAACCCCCAAGACCUGGUAGAUAUCAAAGUCACCCACAAACCGGAGGCCUGCAACGUGACGAGUGGCGAAAACGACCUGAUCCAGUAUCGCUACAACUGCUCUCUGCUAGAUGGCACUUUGCUCUACUCAUCGGAUCAAUAUGACAAACCUCCACGGGCCACACUGGGCAUGGGGCAGGUGAUAGAGGGGCUGGACCAGGGACUGCAGGGCAUGUGUGUGGGCGAGAGGAGGGUGGUUACUGUACCCCCCCACUUUGGACAUGGCGAAAAUGGAGGUGUUGGUGUGCCUGGUAGUGCUGUGUUGGUCUUUCAGUUGGAAUUAUUGGAGCUGCAAAAGGGUGUUCCUGAAGGUUAUCUGUUUGUAUGGUUGGAAGACAGUCCUGAUCCUUUGUUCCCAGCAUUAGACAUGAACCAAGACCAGGAGGUCCCUUUGGAGGAGUUCUCCGCCUUCAUAAAGCUCCAGGUGUCAGAGGGCAGGGGACGCAUGAGGCCCGGGGUGGACGAAAACACAGUCAUCAAGGAUAUGUUCACCAAUCAGGACCGUAACAAAGACGGCAAGAUCACCGCAGACGAACUGAAACUGAAAACCGAUGAGGACGACGAGGCACCUUCACACGAUGAACUGUGAGAAAGAGAGACACAAAAAAAAAGACACACAAAACCAACCGAAACGGACAGCAACCAAAGCAACACAAUACAAACUCAAUGGAGUCCAGGGGGAGGGAAACUGAUUUAACUCACGCAGUUUUGAACCACACUACGUUUUACUUAACACGCAAUAACUGAUCUACAAAAUGUCUUGAAAGA